AUGGUGCUGCACCGGACCAUCCAGGCAGCUCGAGCAGGGGACCUUGCAACCCUGAAGGAGCUUGCUUCAUCUGGUCACCUCUCAUCAGCCAUCACGGAUGGCCAGGGUGCUGGCCCAGUGCACCACGCAGCACGGUGUGGACGCCUGGAGUGCCUGCGCUUCCUGGUGAGCGAGUCGGGACUGUCAGCUGAUGCCCGAGCCUUGAACAAGGCCACACCAGCACAUGAUGCAGCAGCCACUGGCCACACCCGGGAGCUGCAGUGGCUGGUGGACCAAGGUGGCUGCAACAUUGAGGAUCGGGAUGCCGCUGGAGCCACUGCGCUUCAUCUUGCAGCCCGGUUCGGCUGCGUGGAAGUAAUUAAGUGGCUGCUCUCCGUCGGGGGCGUGGCAGAGGUGGAGACAAACUGUGGAGCUGUACCUGCUCACUAUGCGGCAGCUAAGGGGGACCUCACCUGUUUAAAACUACUGCUUCAACAGGCACCUGGGUGUGUGAAUCACCAGACAAGCACUGGUGCCACUCCACUGUACCUGGCCUGCCAGGAGGGCCACCUCCAUGUGGUGGAGUACCUGGUGAAGGACUGUGAGGCUGAUGUCCACCUAAGGGCCCAUGAUGGCAUGACUGGUCUACAUGCUGCUGCCCACAUGGGCCACCAUGACCUGGUCAUCUGGCUGGUCACCUUUACAGACAUAAGCCUGUCCUGCCAGGACAGAGAUGGGGCAACUGCUCUGCACUUUGCUGCCAGCAGGGGGCACUAUUGCAUCUUGGAGAGCCUGCUCCACAUGGGUUCAAAGGUCAUGAAGGACUACUGGGGAGGGACCCCACUUCAUGAUGCUGCAGAGAAUGGAGAGUUGGAGUGCUGCAAAAUCUUGUUGGCCAAUCAAGCAAACCCUUCAGACCAAGAUAUUGAUGGAUUCACAGCAGCACACUUGGCAGAGUACAACGGACACUAUGAAUGUGCCAGAUAUCUGCGUGCCAUGGAGACAAAUCUCUUUGCCACAGAUAAGCCCAUUGAGAACAUCACUCCUUUAGAGGGAGAGGUGAAGGUAAAGCCAGCUGUGUUGUGGCAACCCAGCAGAGAGGACUACUACCAGUGCCUGAGUGACGCAUGCAGGGACAGUAACACGCAGAUGGAGAGCUUACAGAAACCUGAGAAUGAGGAGUCCCCCCAGGCAAGAUACCCAUCACCCCCUCCUGCCCCUCCUUCACCGUCUUCUUCAUCUCCGCCCAGCAUACCAGCCCAAUCACAGAAAACAGCAGCCACUAGAAUAGAACAGGUUCACAUUGCAACAUCUGUUAUUAAAGGUUUCGGUCAGCCCAAGGCCACUGGGAGUGAGAUAAAUGUCCCUGCCGAUAAGAUGAUGUUGCCUGGUGCCAAACUCUUGGCUGAAAAAAAACUUCUGGCUGAUAUGGGGUCCAUUAAAUCUUUGAAACAGUCAGAGAUGACAGGAGUAUUUACUGUACAAGCAAAUAAGAUGGUCGUGCUGCCCAGUGAGGAGGCCAACCUGUCGGACAUUGACUACCUGGUGCCCACUCACGAUGAGAAGGGGCGUCCCAUUGCUGAGUGGAAGAGGCAAGUCAUGGUGCGGCAGCUGCAGACCAGGCUUCUGGAUGAGGAAGAUCAGAGGAGGAGGGAGAAUGCACACAGAUAUGACAAGGUCAGCUGGAGGUACUCCCAGGCCCACAAUGCCAUCCUGGGGCCAUUUGGUGAGCUGCUGACUGAAGACGACCUCAUCUACCUGGAGAAACAGAUCGCUAAUGUCUCCAUGCAGAGGAACUGUGAGGGCUAUGAGCUGGAGCUAGCCCGUUUGGCCGAGGAGCUCCGACACAUCCUUCCAGCUCCCAUAGUGAACAUCACGGUCAAUACACAAUUCAGAAACUUCACAAGUCAAGUUCCUCUGCCUUUGUGGUGCAACCGCAUCUCGGGCAUUGUAAAGAGCAUGUCUCUGCUCAUGACUAACCUGACAGACCUGCCCCACUGCAAGAUGCCCAACACUGACCUGAUCACCGUAUUCUCCCAGACACCGGUCAGACAGAACUCCACCAGGGGACGCAGGGAGAGGAUAGAGGACGAAAUACAUCAGUUUGGGGUGUCUGUGAGGAAUCUCAAGUCCAAUUUUGAGAGUGAGAACUCAACUGUGUCAGAUGAUGCGGAGGCACCUGUCAUGUUAAAUUCUCCCUCACAGCUGGAGACUCCAGACAAACAGCUUCAACUCUUGAAUGCAUCUCCAGAAACAGACCAAAACAGUGACUCUGGCAUUGACUAUGAUGAGAAUGUUACAGAUGUAAUAGAGACCACCAGCCUUAGAAAGGAGCGUAUAGUGGUCCUGUUUUUAGGCCACUGGAAGAAAUCAGCGUACAGUGUAGCACUGAAAAGUAAGGACGCCGCAGAGAGGAAGAUGAGUGACAGUGAGCCAGGGCUGGAUGACAAAUCUGGGUCAGGUUGUUCGGGCAGCGAGGAGAGCGCCCAGUCCAAAAAGAUGAUGAAUAGUUCUCUGGGACAUUUCUUCAAACAGCGGAGUGCUGUCAACAAGAUGUUAGGAAACUGGAGGAGCAUGAUCUCCAGUGUGCCAUCGAGACAGAUACGCAGGCUCCACAAGCAGAAGGCCCUCUACUCCCCGGAGCAUUUCCUCCCUCGUCUCAAUGGAGUGCCAGUCGACUAUGACAGCUUGACCCUCGAUCUCUUCAUGCUGGGCUACUUUCACAUCCUGGAGCUGGAGCUGCCUGCCGACGAACGCAAAAUGAGGCACCUCCUAUGUUUUGAGGUGUUUGACCACAUUGGGUGCUUUGCCUGGGAGACAGUCAGGGACUUUCACAAAGCUGUCAUACAGGACAUUGAGGCUGGAAACCGUGAGUGGAAGGAUGGCUUCGAGGACAUUAAAUUAAAGUUCUUUGGAAACACAGUGAAUCAGUCUGAAAAGCCUCCAAAAGUGGAGAAACAUACACUUCCAGAGGUUAGACAGGUUCCUAAAGUCAUAGUCCAGACACCUACCCCAGAUGAGGAGAUGCUGGGAACUGACAUUUCCAGUUUUAGCAAUGAAGAAAUUUGUAAAUACAUUGACCGCAGUUUUGCUUUUUGGAAAGAGAAAGAGGCAGAGAUUUUUGAUUUUGAGUAGUUGCAUGUGUCAUCUUUUUGAUAUUUUUGUAUGAUUUGUAGUCAACUGAUAUGAAGUUAUUAAAAAAACAGACUGCUGAGAAUAACGGUACUAGUUAAGAGUUUAGUUAAGAGUGAAUGUCUUUGUUUUGAGAUAGAUAAAAGGCACAUUGAAACAUAUUCAUGGCAAAUAACAUCACAAGCCUUAAGCUCCAUGGUCUGAAAUGAUGAGGACUAGCUGUAAUAGCAUUACGAAUAAAUCACAGAUCACGCACAGA